AUGAACACGCCGGUAUUUGUUCUGGUGGUUUGGUUGAUAGUUGGGAUUAGUUUGACAAACCAACAGGUGUCAGCUACCGAAGAUGAUAUUUGUCCGGGACAAGUGAAUGUGUGUGCUGUUCUAGAGUAUCUAUUGAAUAAAAAUCAAGUCACGAUAACGCUGAUUAAAGCUUUACAAUAUGAUUUGGAAAUGAAUUUCGAACCCUAUAACUGCAUUAUGGAUCCGAUAAAUAAUGCAGUAUGUGCUCCACCUUGCCAUGUACGGGACUCUUUAAAGAAUUUUAAUUUAAAACCAAAUUUGGUAAACGAUACAAUGACUAAAAUACUCAAAUCAGAACCCAAAUGUGCAACAGAAUCAGAAAUUGAUAAUAACGACAAUCCUUACCGUAUAGACAAGCAGGAGAACGAAAUUUAAUU